CGCCGCCGCCGCCGCCGCUGCCGGCCCCGCGAUGGUCCGCGCCAGGCCCCAGCCCGGCGGGCUCUGCCUCCUCCUGCUGCUGCUCUGCCAGUCCCUGGAGGACCGCGGCGCCCAGGCUGGGAACUGCUGGCUCCGCCAGGCCAAGAACGGCCGCUGCCAGGUCUUGUACAAGACCGAGCUGAGCAAGGAAGAAUGCUGCAGCACCGGGCGCUUGAGCACGUCCUGGACCGAGGAGGACGUGAACGACAACACCCUCUUUAAGUGGAUGAUCUUUAACGGGGGCGCCCCCAACUGCAUCCCCUGUAAAGAAACGUGUGAGAACGUGGACUGUGGACCGGGGAAAAAAUGCCGAAUGAACAAGAAGAACAAACCGCGCUGUGUCUGCGCUCCAGAUUGUUCGAACGUCACCUGGAAGGGGCCGGUCUGUGGGCUGGAUGGGAAAACCUACCGCAGCGAAUGUGCCCUCCUCAAAGCCAGAUGUAAAGAGCAGCCCGAGCUGGAAGUGCAGUACCAGGGCAGAUGUAAAAAGACCUGUCGGGAUGUUUUCUGUCCAGGCAGCUCCACGUGUGUGGUGGACCAGACCAAUAAUGCCUACUGUGUGACAUGUAAUCGGAUUUGCCCAGAGCCCACCUCUUCCGAGCAGUAUCUCUGUGGGAACGAUGGAGUGACAUAUUCCAGUGCCUGCCACCUGAGAAAGGCCACCUGCCUGCUGGGCAGAUCCAUUGGAUUAGCCUAUGAGGGAAAGUGUAUCAAAGCAAAGUCCUGUGAAGAUAUCCAGUGCAGUGGUGGAAAAAAGUGUUUAUGGGAUUUCAAGGUUGGCAGAGGCCGGUGCUCCCUCUGUGAUGAGCGGUGCCCUGAUAGCCAGUCGGAUGAGCCCGUCUGUGCCAGCGACAAUGCCACUUACGCCAGCGAGUGUGCCAUGAAGGAAGCUGCCUGCACCUCAGGUGUGCUGUUGGAAGUAAAGCACUCCGGAUCUUGCAACUGAAUCUGCCCGUAAAACCUGAGCCAUUGAUUCUUCAGAACUUUCUGCAGUUUUUUGACUUCAUAUAUUAUGGUUUUUUAAAAAACAAAAAUUUAAACUUAUUCUGUAACAGCAGAUGCCAAAAACAAACCACUAAAAGCAUCUCACUGCAAGUUACACACAAAUGCAACGCUGUAAUGUGGCUAAUGAGAGGGCUUUGAAAGCAUACACUGAGCUGCUUCUGCGCUGUUGUUGUCCGUGUUUAAACAACAGCUCCCUGUAUUCCCCAUCUAGCCAUUUCGGAAGACACCGAGGAAGAAGAAGAAGAUGAAGACCAGGACUACAGCUUUCCUAUAUCUUCCAUUCUAGAGUGGUAAACCUUCCACCAGUGAUUAUGUGCACACAGGCUUUGAGGAAAAAAAAAAAAAAAAGGAAA